AUCCGAUGUUGAAAUCCGGAUUUUAAUGGCAUAUCGAAUGCAUUAGUGAUUCAUAAUGAGACAAUUUGGUUCAUUCCGACGUUUGUUUUGAAUGGAACAGAAUGUUUUUAAAAGAAAUACGACUGAUAUUGUUACUCAAAGUCAUACAGCACAUUUACUGCGACUAUCUAGGCCUACCCCAUUUUGAAAGUGAAUGGCUAACUAUAGAGGCCCAGAGUAUGUUAUCCGAUCUGUAUGUCGAACAUGGUCUUGCGUCCGUACCCGGUCUUGUCGAGGUUCUUGUGAAAGCAGUUGACGGUCCAAACAAGGAUUUCAUCUUCAAAGCAAUAGGAAACGGUGAGAGAGAUGACGAUUUAAACGACAAUUACGGCGGAAUUAUCUAUAUUUAUAAUGAUAAAGAAGUACGGGUUAUGGCACCAAAAAGAGCUAAUAGCCAAAACAUGGUAAAAUAUGGUGUAGCAAUUUACACAGGCGAAUAUCCGUUUUGGCUUGGAAUUAACAACCAAAAAAGUUUACAAGCUAAGGUCAAAGUCCGUUGUUGGAAAGCUUCGGAAUUACUGACUCCAUGUUUCAGCACAACAGGCCAUUUUAUGGCUGCUGGUUCUAAUAAACUUGGCGAAACAUAUUUGGAGUUGAGCCAUUCAUUAGACGACUACCCAGCGUUAGUGAAGGUUCGGGCCAAUAUGAUUGACGGCUUGGAUCCCGGAUGGUACACAGACGCUCAAGGAUCUGCUUUGAUCAGUUUUGACACAAUGCGUUACCGUCAUCUUACCGGGGGUCUGAAAUAUGCUUAUGAUAACAACACUAUCAGGAUUUGGACCUCAUCUUGGCCAUCACCAAGCGGUGCCAUGUUUACCCGCUAUGAUGGCUGGGGUAACCAAAAUGUGUUAACGGGAAUAACAACCAAAGGCUUAGUUGAUGUGUUUGCAUGGUGCAAUCUGGAAGUGUUUGUUGAGGAAACAAUGCAUUUCGGUCCUGCUCAUAAACUUGAAGACUUUGAGAUCGCAUUGCCAAUCUCCGUUCCUGUCUCACAAAUGAUCAUGACCUCUGUAACGGUGGAAGUUGAAGAUGGACCAAACAAAGGUUAUUUGUUUGAAGGUGUUGGAAGUGCGAUGUCUAAUUUUCUAGAUACAGGCGGUCAGCCUUGUCGCUAUGGAGGGCUUAUAUAUGCAUACAAUGAUACAAUCCUUCGGAUAUGGCGGCCUGGUGACGUCACAGGUGCAGCUGUUUGUAUUCCCGACACCAUGGGAUUUGGAACAAAUUCACAGUCCUCGCAGAACGGGAAACUCAUUUUUAAAGUUUAUCAAAUAUAUGAACAAGCAAAGGAGAAUGCACCGAUGCGUUUUGUUUGUAGCCAUUUCAAAUUGCUUGGAAGUGACGUUGCAUAUAAUGACAAUCCGAUCGAUAUUCAGAAAAUGACGUCAGUACCAUUGUGUUAUCAGGCGUGUAGUCAGCAUAGCGCAUGCGCAACAUAUGCGUUCCACAAUGAGACCUGUCAGAUUUACAAUACAACUGACGCAUCACUUCUUUUUACCAAAAAACAAUCACAAGUAUGGGGAUUAAAGUUUCGAGCCACGAACCCGUAAAUGAUUAAACACCAUGUGAACUUUCUGUUGAUGAUAACUUCUUACAGUUUUGGCCAAGUGCUGUUGAUAAUUAAUUUUAGUAAUUAUAUUAUCGCAGCGACAAGAAAAGACUGAAUUUGUUGUAAUUUAGAGUUGUCCUCAUAACAAUUAUUUGAAGUUUUCCAUUAAUAAUCUUCACAAUGCAUAACAUUAAUUGUAGUCAAAUAAUAAAGAGAUUCAAGUGUUCAUUCUAUUUAGAUAUAAACUGUUUGACGCGUAUGGUUAUUCUUGAAACAGAACAAUGAAUGUCAUGUGCUUUAGCACAAACAAAACAGUUUCAUAAAUAUGUAUAUAAAACAGACGAGUUAUAUGCAUUAGAGUUUUUGAAUAAAUGUCUGAUUAUAGUUAGAAUAAAACUUGAUGACCGCCUACAAAUUUAUUUUCAUGUCUUUAAGAGUCAAUCGUGUUCACUUCCAUUAACUGAUUUUCUAUAUAAAUCUAUAUAUUUUUAAACUGUAUGGUUUGAAAAAAAUAAGUUAACUGUCGAUUUUCCACCGAACAUAUUAAAUAUAAAUACGAACGGAAGCCUCUGUGAGAAUACAAUAAGAUACAAAAAUGUCUUAUUCAUGUGUCAAGCAACGCUGUAUAAUAAUGGAAAUUGAUUAUUAUAAUUAUUAUUGACUACUUUUCAACGAUAUUUCAAUAACCCGCUAAAUAAAAUCACAGGGGUUCUAUUUACCACUCCUUUAUAACACUAUAUACAUGUAUAUUAUAAGAAAUAUCCGACAGAAUUAAGAAUAUUUGCUCUUUGAAAUGGUCAGUUAUUGUUUGACCUUCAAAUUUGAUCAAUAAAUGUAAAGAUU